UUGCGAUCUGUUCAGUAGCGAGCUACACAAACUUUACAAGCUCCAACCAGCACACCAAACAUUCAACGUUCAAUCAUGAAGACGUUUAUUGUGCUUUCGAUUGUGGUGGCACUGGUGGCCGGAGCUGCCAUCGAAUCCGGCGAGAAAAACAUCGAGAAGCGUGGUCUGGGUGAGAUCGAAAGCCGAUCGGAUCAUCACCACGUGAAGCAUGUGACCAUUACGAAGAAGGUUCCAGUGCCGUACCCGGUCGAGGUGGAGAAACAUGUGCCAGUCCCGGUGAAGAUCCCGUACCCGGUGCACGUGGAGAAGAAGGUGCCGGUCAUCAUCGAGAAGAAGAUCCCGGUGUACGUCGAGAAGAAGGUGCCAGUGCACGUUGAUCGUCCAGUGCCGGUGGAAGUGAAGGUACCGUACGAGGUGCCAGUCUACCACAAGGAGUACGUCGAGGUGCCCAAGCCAUACCCGGUGCAUGUGGAGAAGCCGUACCCGGUGUACGUGAAGAAGCCAGUCUACAUCGAGAAGCCAGUCCCGGUCAGUGUGCACAUCAAGAAGGUGAAGAAGCACCAUCACUGAGAGGAGUGUGCGAGCAACAGAUCGGGAUGACACCGUUUUUAGGUGUAAAGCGAUCGGUUGCAGAGGCGAUGUGUAGGGCGAAAAGAAAUAUAUUGUAGGAGCCUGAAGGGCACCAAACUCGAGUCAGUCACGGCAUGAGGUGUGGUGACAACAUAUUAA